UUCGUUAGGGCAUUGGGAAGCCCGUCAAUUGAAAAAUACUGCUUGUCCACAACCUCAUUAAGACAAAUGUUCUCUCUUCGUCAAUUACCCACUGCCGAAAUUAACGAUUGGAAAUGCGGAAUUUGAUUCCCCCACGCAUGAAUAAAACCCAAAUAAGCCACAAGAUGAUCUACUUUUGUGACUUCAAUCCAACACCCAGAUGGAGAAAACGUCGAAUUCCCUGGAUUGGGGUAGAUUGAUUGAGUACCUAGAUUGUGAUAUAAAAGAUUUGUUGACUGUAUAAAUGGAGGAAAGCUGUGAUGCGUAUAUUGACUGUCUCUAGUUUUUUGUAUUUAGUUUUACCGUGCGUUGGGAAUCGAUAGGAAAAGGUCCCACAGGGGGACAGGAGUCGCCCCUUAAAUUGGGGGCAUGGCCCUUGGAAGAAUUCAUGAUCAACAAACGCAAAAUACUCUUGUAAUUCGGUCUCCUCUCACCCUUUUUUCACCAAACACAACAAAACUUGUAGAGGACCGGGCCUUUGAAUUUGUGGAGAUAACUGUAUUGAUGAAGUCAGAAGUGAUGCCCGAUAUAAAUAUAUUUGUGCCAAGGGAGGGGAAUUGUUCUAUACGUGGCUGACGAUGGCCCUUUGAAAUAUAGUUUUUAGAAUUAAGUCUGCACUGUGUGGGGCACAGUGAAGUCGGACAUGGCCAUACAUGGACGACACUCUCACCAGAAGCUACAUACUUGCUGAUGCACCCAGUCCCACAACUCUCUACCCUUUAUAAUCCACUAAACUUCUCAACCUCUCAAAACACAUCAAGCCUCUUUACGAGUCUUUCACUUCAAGCUCGUUGCGCUUUGCGCUUUGCAAUGGAUCCUGUCCAUAUACUUCUUGCAUCCUUAAUUUUAGUAAUGGCCUUGAUGACUGUCUGGGCUGCGACCCACUUUUUCAUAGCCUAUGUGUGGUGGCCUAGGCGCAUAAGGAGACUCAUGGAGAGGCAAGGAGUGAGUGGACCGCCCCCCGCUUUUAUGGUUGGCAAUCUCAUGGAGAUGACUAAACUUCGCGACCAAGAAACUGUAAACGAUAUGGGCUGCUUCACGCACGACAUUGCUCACCGGAUUUUGCCACACUAUAUCUACAACUCUCAAACUUACGGAAAGCAAUUCGUAAUGUGGUGGGGGGUAGAGCCAAGGUUAGCGGUGUACCAACCAGAACUUAUAAAAGAAAUGUUGUACAGUCAUAGUUAUGGAAAAUCGGAACUGCAACAGAAGGGAAACAAGGAUUUCAUUGGUAAAGGGGUGCUGAUGGCCAACGGAGAAGAAUGGGCUCAUCAGCGGCGGGUCGUAGCGCCCGCUUUUCGCAUCGAGAAACUUAAGGGACAUGUGAAUUACAUGGUGGAAUGCACAUCAAGAAUGCUAGAUGAGUUUGAAAGAAUUGUGAGAAGCGGGUCCGAGGAGAUUGAAAUAGGCGAGCAUCUUUGCAAAUUGGCCGCUGAUAUAAUUGCGCGCACUGAGUUCGGUAGCAGUUAUGAGAAAGGAAAGAAGAUUUUUCAACAACUCAAUUCAUUACAGAAGCUUUCGUCAAAGUCAGGAAGAUAUUUAUGGCUGCCGGGUAACAGCUUCCUCCCCACGAGUUUCAACCGUGAGAUCAAGAAGCGAAAGCAGCAAGUAGAGAGCGCUCUCAUGGAGAUUAUCAGAGCUCGACGAGAUUCUGUCCACGUCGGACGCUGCACGUCCUACGGCAACGAUCUUCUUGGACUGAUUCUUUCAAGCAACGAUGGCGAAGGUGUGAGCUUGACUAACCAGCAGCUAAUGGACGAGUGUAAGACAUUUUUCUUCACUGGUCAAGAGACCACUUCCCUUCUAAUGACGUGGACAAUCAUGCUCCUCGCCUCCAGCCCUCAUUGGCAAGAAAAAGCCCGCGCUGAGAUCCUAGAAAUCUGUCAAGACUCCCCACCCUCUUUCGCAGAUCUUCCCAAGCUCAAAAUCUUGGGAAUGAUACUGAACGAGUCAUUGAGACUAUACACCCCGGCAUCGAUUCUACCAAGGCAGGCAUUUGAGGACGUGAAACUGGGAGAAUUGGAGCUGCCCAAAGGGAUGUCUGUAUGGAUCCCCGUGUUGGCCAUCCACCACAGCAAAGAAUUGUGGGGAGAAGACGCAAAUGAAUUCAAUCCGCAGCGCUUCGCAGAGGGCGUGCAUAAGGCAUGUAAACACCAGAUGGGCUUCUUGCCCUUUUCCACCGGACCCCGAACUUGCGUUGGACAGAGUUUUGCAAUCAUGGAGGCCAAGGUUGUGCUGGCCAUGAUUCUCUCCCGAUUUCGAUUCACGCUUUCCCCCAAUUACCGGCAUGCACCUGUAUGUGUGCUCACUCUCCAGCCUAAGCACGGAGUCCAGAUCAUCCUAGAACAUUUGUAAUUUAUGAUCUAGAAUUUAUAUAUAUAGAUAGAUAGAUGUAGAGCUCACACUCACUGAAGGGGAUCUCCACCCAAACACAAUUGUACCCAAUCUGUCCAUGAUCAAAUCUCGUUCAUGGCUUCUUUUUAUUCAUCAUGACAGCUGAUUUUGGUAGGAAAGAAAUGAAAUAUUGUCAAUCUGAGUUAAAGCUUCUAAGAGUUUUAUAUCUUAGAGAAGUAAAGAUGAAGAGAGGAAGAAGCAAAGGUGGAGAGUGGGUUAUCCUCUCCUUCCCACUGUUGAAAAAUAGGAUCAUUCACCAUCACCUUACAUAAAAAGAAGAGGGAAUUGUAUCAGACCGAUAGUAUAUCUUCUUCUGUUAGUACAAUCGACAGCUUUUGUAAAAUCGAGAAUCGGUCAUGUAAACUUUUGUUACUGGUGCAAACACACCAAGGAUAAUACAUUACCUACCAGGUAGGUAGGUAUUCGAUGAGCAUUUUCUUCCUGUUUUU